UCACCUUCAUCAUCCUCUCUCUCUCUCUCUCUCUCUCUCUCUCUCUCUCUCUCAUCCCCUCUCUCUCUCUCUCUCUACUAUUAUUUUCUGCAGCUCUCGCAACCCUUCACUCCUUCAGUGGUCUCUCUUUACACCAGAGACCUCUGUUGGAUGCUUUCUUUCUCUGAAUCUCUCAUCAGCUAGCACUCGCGCAAGCUACUUCGAAUCUUAAGCUGAUUCAGUAAGAUGGGUUCUCUCAGCAAAAGCCUAACUAGCUCGCCAUCUUCUCAUUUCAUGAAGAAGAAUAUGGAGCAAGAAGUGGUCACUGAGAAGCGAGGGAUCGUCACCAUUCUCGGCCCGUCCGACUCUGAAAGAACCAAAGCCGCUUCCUUGCGACGAACACUGUCCGCGGACAUGUCGUCCAAAAGAUGGCUGUCUCAACACGGCUUCUCUCCCAUGAAGAAGAUUGCGUCAUCCGAAGAACUCUGUGUCUCCGUAAACAUUCGGGACGACUCAUCUUCAUCGUCCGAAGAUGUAGAUCAUUACCAAGAUCAAGGCAAGGCCAAAUUCCAUAUUUGGAGCUCAAUUGAUGAGCAAGCUCAGAAGCAAAAAAACAAAGCCGAGGCUGCAAAGCAGCAGCCGGGACAAGCCGAUCUUUGGAGCUCGAUUGUAUGUCAAAAGGCCAACGAAGAAGAGGCGAGCAAAGCGGCACCUUAUGUUCAUCCUCUUGUGAAGAAACAAUCGAGCUCUUUGACAAAAAAGAGUCUUGAAGUCUGCACUGAAAGUCUCGGAUCCGAGACUGGCUCUGAAGGGUUUGCUUCAUACCCUACUUCGGAGACCGGUGACGUAGAAAUAGUGGAGAAAGACCCGGAAGAAGAGCAAGCCGCAGUUCAACAACAAGAAGAAGAAAAAGAGAAGCCUCAGCUGUCACAAGCAUUUGAUGGGAAUGAAUUUCGGUUUGUCAAGUACAACUCUGCUGCUAGUAAGAAAUUGCCUUCCGUUCGAUCUUUCCCUCCACCUCUUCCGUCUUUAUCAGGAUAUGACGGGGAAUCUGUUUGCAUGAGGACUCGUCGCGACAAUGGGCGACUAGUCCUUGAAGCGGUGUCUAUGCCUUCCCUGAACAACUUCCGUGCUCAACGCCAAGAUGGUCGCCUUGUCCUCACAUUUCUCAAUGCUACUUCGAGCUCUUGCGAGGUGCCUAAGUGUGAAGAGGUUGCUAAUGAAGAAGAGAAGACUAGAGAGCAAGAAUUUGAUGAAAAUGUGAACUUUGAGGAAGGAGAGAAGGAAAAAGAAAGCGAAAAAAGUGAUGGUGAUGAUGUUGAUGAGGAUGAGGAGGAAGAAAGUGAUGAGGUUGAGAAAGCAAGAAAAGAAAAUGGAAUCAGAAGAAUAGAAAUUGUGAUGGAGGAAGCACCAAGAAUACUAACAAGUAGAGUGACAAAUGUUCACAGGUUAGCACUAAUGAUGAAUAAGCCAAUUGGGUUAGACAAUAAGGCUCAUGGGUGGACUAACAAGUUCAAUGAAGUAGUGAAAUAUGGAGGGGUUGAAGAGGAGGUCGAAGCGGUUGAACCACCCCCAAUUUCAAGGUCACUCCCUCCACUGCCUGGUCGUGUGGCUCGUAUGAUACCUAAGCCACCGGCUACCACAAAAACAGCAGCAGCAGCAACCUCUUUCAACGCUUACGAGUACCAUUGGCGCACCAAUCGCACAACAACUGCCGCUCUCAAACCUCUUCCGCCGCCAAUGUCGCAGUCCCUCAAAAGUAAUGGCUUUAUGUCCCAGAAUCAGUUGGCAAAUGAGCAGCAACAAUUGCUGGUUUUGAGAGGGAACAAAGGGGAUCAAUUGGUUCCCUUUUCAAAGGGUUGCAAAGAGCCUAGAAUAAGAUCUCUUCUAUUUAGGGAGCCUUAUUGCAUUGCCACCUCUUGAUUAUCCAAAUCCUCGUAACCCAAGUGUUAAUCCACAUCCUUUACUACUCACUACCCAUUAUUAAUCUACUCGAUUGAUCCAUCCUUCGUUUUCUGAUCCCCUCCAUUCUUUAGGGUUUAUGUACUAAAAAAAUAUAUAAAAAAAAAAAAACAUAAGAGGGAGAGAAAGCUUUGGUUCAGAAGAUCAAACUACGUAUGAUCUCAGAGAAAGAGAGGGCAGAUUUCAUCAGUGCGUAUCAUAUAUAUGAUAUAUAUAUAUAUAUAUAUAUAUAUAUAAUAUAUCCCUCUGUUAUAGUAGCUAAAAUAAAAUCUUAGCCUCAUCUUUGACUUUGUGUUGGACUGUCUUGUCUGUCUAUGCAUUAUGAUUUGUGUUUCUUCUUUCUUUACUUUUGUAAACCCUAUAAGCCAAUGAGAUUUUAAUUUCGGUCU